GCAGCUUUGCGUGUUGAACAAUCUCCAGUGGCUUUUCAUUGACCAUCACCGAAUCGAAUUGGGGAUUGGUCCUAGCAAAUGAGAUCCUGAGCUCUUUACAUUUUGCCUCGUUCAUUUGGAACUUGUUAGCAUGAGCCUUAUCUGAGAACUCAGUCACUGCAUUUGGAUCGUGCUCGCAUUGCCUCUCUCCACACACUCGGUCAUAGUGGUGUCGUCCACAAACUUCCACAUAUCAGUGUUAGCGAUGUCAAUGUCAUCGAUCAUUAGUAGAAAAAGCCACGGCCCCAACUUGGUCCCCUGUGGAACACCUGCUGGAAUAUCCCUCCAUUCUGAUUUGCAGUCAUCCGCCAAUUUGACUCGGGCUGACCAUGCACAAAUCCUUUGCCUCAACUUCGUUUACUUCUCUUUCAGAAAUCGUUAAAACAAGGUGGCAUGUCAUACGUCGUCAAAAUAUUCCUUAGUCCCUCCUUACUCAUCCUCUGUCUAGCAGGGUCAAUAAGGAAUGCAGGUGGAUAUGUAUGGGCAUACAACACUCAACCUUACUUUGAGAAGUAUUAUCCCGAUGUGAACCUAGGCUACUGGAUGUCCUGGAUACCUCUGGUUGGCGGCUCAAUGGGUGUCCUUCUCGGGGGUGUAAUCUCCGACCAGGUCAUCAAAAACCGAGGUCUUUAUGCCCGGGUAUGGGUGCUGGUUUUCAGUCAGGUAAGAAAGAUGCAUUGUAUUUGUUUGUAGUGUUACUCUGAGUGUGCAUCCACACCGGGCAAGCUGAAAAGUUUGCUGACCAGGUUGGGAAUUGAACCCGCCGUGGUCAGGCAAACUUUUCAAACUUUGUGGAUGCACACUCAGAGUAACACCACAAACAUCAUAUUCACCUGAGUACAAAACACCAAGUCACCAACAACCACAAACAGUAUACAAUGUAUUUGUUUGUGACUGUAGGUGUUGUUCUGCGCAUCGAAAUAACACGUCGUAAGUUGUAAUAAAAUUGCAUUUGGACGAAAACAUAGACAAGCUGUAUGUUGAUUUACACAGUCAAAUUGUAAGCAGGUUGCACGCUACAGUUUUAGGCAAAAGUUGUGUAGUCUAAAUUGGUCUAAACCAAGUUAAUGUUUAAUUUUUUUUUAGCUAAUUGGAGCGCCGUUUGCAGCUGGGGCCUUAUUCCUUCAUCCUCCUUAUUGCUUUCUAAGUCUCAUCGUCGCCAAUAUCAUUGGAGAAAUGUGGAUAGGUGUCGCCUUGACAGUCGUAGUCGAACUUGUCCCGAAAGCCCUACGAACAUCGAUUGUGGCUUACUACCUAUUCAUAAUUAGCAUAAUUGGCGGAAAUAUGCCUUUGGCUGUGCCGCCUCUUAAGGAGGCUACAGGAAGUUUACGCGUGGCACUAUAUCUACUGUAUCCUGGGUUAUAUCUUGCAAGCUCUGUGCUAUUUUUGUUGACUCUGUUUGUGUUGAAGUGGGAUGCAAACCGGGCUAAGAUGUUAGAAGAUGAAAUGAACAGACAGUCAUCGCCAUUACUGGGCUCUGAGCAGAAUGAUGAUUAUGGCUCUUCAGUUGAAAAAGCAUAAAUAUACAUUGACAUUGCAAUGGUGGGCGAAUAUAAGUUUCACAGAUGGUUGCACUAAUACAUGCAUUAUACUGGGAGGGUGGGGAUAAUGCAUAUGUUUUCCUUAUAAUUAUGAUUCAUUACACUCCAAUUGUCCAAUGUUGAUUGUUGUUUAUCAUUUUGUUGCAAGCAUGACAUGAAAUUACGACCACCAAAAACUAACUGAAAAACUAACCGAUAGUGACUUGACAAAAUGCCAAUGCUUCCUCGGAAUAUAGAGCAUCUCUCCUGCCUUCAGAAUGCAUUCCUUGUAGUCAGCAGUUUCAAACAGUGGAUACUUUGCUAAGUCAGGAUUCUCAAUGUCAACCUUUACAA